AUGCGUGCAGCUGGACACUUUGUGGAGAGUGGCCGCGGCCAAGCUCGCUUGGACCAGGCCUGGUUGUGGACUCCACCAUCAGCCUUUAACAUCCUCUCAUCAUCAGUUGAGAAAGAGGGGGACGCGUUUGGGAGAAGGGAAAGCCAUGGCCGCCAACUGUGGGCUGCCUUUCUGAAAGAUGUGGCGAACAUCAACCUUGGCAACACUAAGGAUGCGGUCAGGAAGCUAGUCGACGAGUGCCCCAAAGCCCCAGUACCGGACAAGGCUUUCCAGAGAUUUGUCAAUGCCCACACAAGGAGAGCAGGUCUAAAGUAUCCCAAAUGGGAAGGGGUGGGGGGUCACGCUUGCGAUUGGAAUGCCACCCUGCAUGGCCAAGACCGACCGGUGCGUGUCACCUUUGACUUUCGCCGCUUCCUCCACGACCCCAGCAAUGAUUUACAUGUGUUGCAAGAGGUGGCAGAUGCAGGAAGAUGGCCUACAGCCUGGUUAGUCAUUUCUGGUGUGCAUGAUUGUAUGUUCCUCCGACGGAACUUGACCUAUCAUACUUCCUCCGUGAAGGCCUUUUUCCGGUUCCUGGAGCAGCACUCCAUCUUGAAGAGCCGCACGAUUCUCGUGGGCAUGGAGUACAUGGUGGACCAGCGCGAGACCCCAAAGGGACGAAGCAAACGCUUCAGAAGCUACAGCUCUUCUCCGAAAUCCUUGUACAACUGUUCGUUAAGACUCCACCGGAUGAUGCUCCAAGAGGCCCGACAAAACGGAGUUUACGUGAUCCCACGUUGGGAACUUACACGGAACUAUGCGGAGAAAGAAGUCUACGAUAUGCAUUAUCCGGAAUCAGUCAUUCUAAGUGAGUUGCCACCACUACUGACAGGUCUCUCUUGCAUUGCCAAAGACAGGCAACAUGUUUUCACCUCGUCCUUGAUCACGACACCGUCGCUCGGGGGUUCACUGCUUCUCCUUUACUUCCUCACGACUGUCGCAGCAGCAGUUGGUGCGCUGGUCUUCGUGCACCGCGGCAGGAUUUGGCGAGUGCGGACAGGUCCGGAUCUCGGUGCGGCAGAGCUUCAAGAUGAGGACUAG